AUGACGUUUCUGUGGUCCAUUCUCAACAAGGUAAUUGCCCUUGGAGCAAAUCUGCAAAAAAGAGGUUUGACAGCAGCAACAGAGUGUAUUAGAUGUCAAGAAACAGAGUCAGAACUGCAUUGUUUCUUUACCUGUCAAUACGCCAGGAAAGUAUGGGAACUGGUCCCACUCCUCAGAGCAGUCAACCCAUCAAAUGACACUGAUCUAAAAGCUCUGGUGGCCAGCUUCAGGAAAGCAAUCUGUCUUCCUCCCUCAGGCAUCGUCCUCAAUGUCCUCCCAUGGAUCUUGUGGGCCAUCUGGUCGUCAAGAAACGCCUUGAUAUUCGAAGGACGCCAGCAAACACCUGAGGAAACAGCAAUUAAAGGAAUCAAAUUAGCAAGGGAAUGGUCUACUUCGCAAGCAGCAAUAACUGGAAAAAAUGGUUUACCUCAAGUCCCACACUCUCGAUCGCGAGACCAACCAAGGAUCACACUCGAUAACAAUCGAGUAACCUGUAAGACGGACGCGGCUUGGAAUAAGGAAAGACGCGUAGCAGGACUAGGGUGGAUCUUCUCGGGACUGGGUUUCGACACCCCCCUCAGCGGAUCGAUGGUAGAAACGUCGAUUGGAUCACCACUUGUUGCAGAGGCCUGUGCGAUCAGAGCGGCUCUUUGCAUGGCGACCAACCUGGAGAUCGCUUCCCUCGAAGUCCUCUCCGACAAUUUAACGCUCAUCCGAGCAAUAUCCGGCAUCACUCAGGCGAAAGAAAUCAUCGGCAUCGUGAAAGACAUCCGAUCGAUAUCUACUAAGAUUGCAUCAAUUUCGUUUUCUCACUUUUCUCGUUCUCUCAACGCUGAGGCUGAUACCUUAGCAAAAUAG